CGACUAAAUCUGCUAAAAAUAACCGACUCUAAUAAACGCCAUUCGCUCGUUGAGUUCUUCGUCAUUACGCACGCGAGUUGAAGGAGGCGAAGAUUUUCUAUGGAUAAGACAAACUCUAUUGCUCGUAUAGGUCAGAUUGCUUCCAGAGUUGUCAGAUCGAAAGGAACACAUAAUACAGUUUCGAUGUCUUAUGUUCGAUUUCUCUGACAAACUGGUCUAAGAUCGAGUUGAAGACGGACAAUUAAUUAGAGAUGGCCUCUCUUUGGCUUUGGGUUUUUGUAUCGGCGAUUUUGAUGGUGAAUGGAGACAUUGAGGACGAUUUCCGUGGACUUUAUGAGGUAUACAACGACUUCCAUCUCUAUCUUGGCCACGUCGGUGAAACUACUCAUGAUCAGUAUGAGACCGAAUCGUUUGGAAUAGAAUUCGAUUGUCCGUCCUCUGUGGCACCAGAAAAACCAACAUCAGUGCAUAGACUUCGCCCGGGUGAUUUCAAUGUCAUUGCUGCUGUUGGAGACUCUCUUUCCACUGCGUAUGCUGCUGAUGCUUCAAUUUUCUUGCCUGUAAUGUUGAACUACUGGGGUGUGUCAGCAAGUAUUGGAGGCGAUCAAAGUGUAUCUUCAGUUGGAACACUUCCAAAUAUCCUAAGAAAGUACAAUCCUGAUAUCUUGGGAUAUUCUACCGGUGAGGGGAUCGUCUUCACUCAACCCAAGAGUAAAUCAUUCAAUCGUGCUGUCGUCGGGGCCAAAGCAAAAGGUCUGCCUAAGCAGGCGAGGAAGCUCAUCGACGAUCUCCGGGACCAUCCCGACGUUGAUAUGGAGAACGACUGGAAGAUCAUCACCCUCUUCAUCGGAGGUAACGACCUGUGCAGUGGAUGUACGAAAGAGACAUCAGAACCCCAGGAGUAUCUCGCUUUUAUCGAUGAAGCACUGCAGAUGUUUCAUGAUGAGGUACCGAGAGUACUGGUAAACCUUGUUGGUGUACUGAAUGCUUACAUCCUACCAGAUCUAGAUGGAAGUCUCAAAUGUGACCUCGUCCAUGCAAUUGUAUGCGGCUGUCUCAACAAAGGUGGUGGCAGAGAUGCAAUAUAUGUUCGAGCAAAAGAAUAUCAGAAAAUAGUUCAGGAGCAUAUUGAAAGUGGAAAGUUUGACGACAAAGAAGACUUCACCGUGGUUUAUCAACCCUUCUUUCACAAUACCAGCAUCCCAAGACAUGAGGAUGGGUCACCUGACAGCUCUUACUUUGCUCCUGAUUGUUUCCAUCUAAGUCAGAAGGGGCAGGCAGCACAGGCUACAGCUAACUGGAAUGGACUGUUUGAACCGGUUGGAAGCAAGCGUGUAGAAUGGUUUCCGGGUGAAAAACUGAAUUGUCCAUCAAAGGAAUUUCCCUAUAUCUACACCAAUGUUAACAGCAUGCCGGGGGACCUACAGCAUGAUUAUUCCCAGUCAGCAGUCGGUACAGACCAAGACCAAGACCAAGGCCAAACACUCUCUCAACAAACCCUCAUCAUUGCCGGAGUCAUAGGCGGGGUCAUGUUGGUGAUCAUCGUCGCUACCAUAGUGGUGUCCAUCACGAAGAAACGUCGAUUGUCGCUAAAUGCCUCCUACCAACGUCUAUGAUAGAUUUUAUUUGGUUGUACAAUUGGUUUUGAUAUAGAGUCUAACUGUAAUAUAUUAUAAAUCACGACAUGUUGUAGUUUACAUCCCCCUCCCUCAUGGCACACAUAAUGAAAUAUUGUUAAUGGGGGAGGGAGGGUGGGGAGGGGGUUAAAUCAUUAUGAACGUGUAAUGACGGUCAGUAUCAUCAUUGAAUUGAACUGACAUUUAUUCAUGAUCAUGAGCGUACCCUUUCCCCCCGUUUUUUUAGGGGGGCAGCCUAAGCUAAUGUGCUGACAAGUUUUACAUGGAUGGCAUAUUUGCCGAAGUAAUGUUUAAAAUAAGGACCAUAAAUCCAUUCUUAUCAUUGAAUUAUCACUGUUGUAUUCGUUAAAUAAGAAGUUAGACAAAACUGACUAUUUACACCGAUUCCUUUGUGAAGCUGACCGCACAGGCAGAAUCAAUGUUUACUCUUAUUUGCUUUUUUCAUAGGAUAUGAUUUACAUGUCAUUACCAUUAUUUCGCUGUUUAGUUAGUUUAAUGGUGACAAAUAUAAGGCAGAACUUUGGAAAGUAAAAGUUGCGUCGAGGUAAUCUAAUCCUGUCGUGAUGUCACCAACAUUAAAAAUAUGUAAAACACUUUUGAGGGUCUUUCAAGAAACCCUCAAAAGAUUAUAAUCUUUUAAUAUAUUGUAUCGCAACCUUAUUGUACCGUCCUAUACUAUUAUACUUCUUCGUUUCUAUCCAUUUUACCAAGUGUAGUCAUAGCGUUCUUGUAACAAAAUCAACAUUCCAUUAUCAGACAGUAUUAUCAUGUGAAAUGGAAUUGGGCUAAUGAAGUUGAUUAUUUAUGGAAUAAAUAUCAAUGUAUUUUUGUAAGAAAAUUUAUGAAAAACAAUCGUGUACACAUUUUAUAAUGUUUUCCUGUCAAGCUAUUGGUAUAAAAUGCUUAAAAUCUUGUAAAUGAGCAAAAUAUUGUACUAAUACGGAACUUGUAAUAUCGUUGAUUUUUUUCAGUGUAAUGUUUUUCAGACUAUUUUUUACGACAUAGUCUUUCUCCAUCCUCCCUCCUCUCUGUAUCUGUCUCUCUCUGUCUCUGUCUCUCUCUCCCUGUCUCUCUCUCUCUCUCUCUCUCUCUCUCCAUCUCUGCCUCAUUUCUGCUAUCUACCUUUGAUUUUAACAAUUUCUCUUCUGCUUAUAAUGCACAUGAUUUAUAUAAAAAUAUUACUUUCAUCUGCUACAUAAUGUUUGUCAUUUUUAUUCAUACGCAGCCUUCUCAGAUAUCUACCUGGUGACGUAAUUUUGUUAAAAGAAAAAUAAUAAAUGUGUGAUGGUGAAUAAAAAUGUAUAUUAUUCGAAACAAAA